AUGAGCGCGGCGCCGGGCGCCCAGGGCCCCGCCACCGCCGGGGGCCCGCCGGGGGUGCCGGCGCGCUCCGUGCGGUCCCUGCUGCGCCACGUGCAGCUGGAGAGCCUGGCGGCCGGGCUGAGCGGCGGCGUCGUGUCCACGCUGGUGCUGCACCCGCUGGACCUGGUCAAGAUCCGCUUCGCAGUGAGUGAUGGAUUGGAGCUGAGGCCAAAAUACAAUGGGAUUCUCCACUGCAUGACUACUGUCUGGAAGCAUGAAGGACUACGAGGCUUAUACCAAGGGGUAACUCCCAACAUGCUGGGAGCAGGGGCUUCCUGGGGACUUUACUUUUUCUUUUAUAAUGCUAUCAAAGCUUACAAGAAGGAAGGGAAGCUGGAGAGUCUCAGCGCAACUGAACACCUAGUGUCAGCUGCAGAAGCUGGAGCCAUGACUCUCUGCAUUACGAACCCGAUAUGGGUAACGAAGACGCGACUUGUAUUACAAUAUGAUGCUGGUGUUGAUCCAUCAAAGCGGCAAUACAGAGGAAUGUCUGAUGCUCUUAUAAAGAUAUACAAGACAGAGGGCAUACGUGGCUUGUACAAGGGAUUUGUGCCUGGUCUGUUUGGAACUUCACAUGGAGCACUUCAAUUCAUGGCGUAUGAAGAUUUGAAAUUGAGAUACAACAAGUAUAGAAACAGAGUAUCAGAUACAAAAUUGAACACUGCAGAAUACAUAACGAUGGCAGCUGUAUCCAAAAUAUUUGCUGUGUCAGCAACUUAUCCCUAUCAAGUUGUACGAGCUCGUCUUCAAGAUCAGCAUAAUACAUAUUCUGGUGUGUUUGAUGUGAUCCGCAGGACAUGGAGGAAAGAAGGAAUUCAUGGAUUUUACAAAGGAAUUAUCCCCAAUGUGAUCAGAGUGACUCCUGCUUGCUGCAUUACUUUUGUAGUUUAUGAAAAUGUGUCUGGUUUUUUACUUGGUUUUAGAAAAGAAAAUAAUUAAAGGUAUAAGUUUGUGUUCAGAAGGAAUCUAUCCUUUAUUUUUUUAUAUUUAUGAUCUGGGAGAGAUUUAUUUCAGCAGUCUGUUUUGACACUGAAUUGAUCUAAUAUUUUGAGGAAAGAACCUGGAGAUAUUAAAACCCUGCCCACAUCUCCUCUGCUGAGAGUUCCUGCCUUGCUACAUUUCUCUCUCCUCUGAAUCGCUGUGUCUGCUUGAAACAGAUGUCUGCAACUGUGAAGUAGCAUUGUGACUGGGUGAAGGCAGCUGUGCAACAAUUCAAUUCAUCCUGGCCUGCCUGGAAUAAUGGACUGAUUUGUUCUGACAAGUCGCAAAAUAACAGUUGGUCAGAUUGUACUACAGAAGACUUCAUAUAAAAGCAACUCUGGAAUCCAUCAGAACUUCCUUAAAUCUUUAUCUGAGUCUUAUGGAGAAAAUAUGUGUGUAUUUGUUUACAGCAGUGUCUUCUGAAUCCAUCUCUGUUAUCUGUCAGGUUUUAGAUUAUGGAGCGCUCCACAUUCCAUCACUCAUCCAACACAAAAAUGCUGUCUCAGUGGGGUGCAGUUUGGAAACUCAAAUGUUUUGUAAAACAGUCAGCUGUCCAUUCCUGGUUUUGAGUAAUUGCCAAUUGAAAUCCAGUUCUUGAGUCAUACCAAGACAGACUUGCGGUGUGGUUGUUGGCUUGUUUUAAUACCAAACCAAAGUCUGUUGUGUGCAUCGCUGGCAACUUACUUCAUUCAUUUUCUCUCUCUUCCCUCCCCACUCUGACCAAGAUGUUCCGUCUCUGUCACUGUUGCAUCUGACCAAAUAUUACUAAGUAAAUGAAUAUUUGAAAGUAGGCUUACUUUAAAUAUAUAUAUAUAUAUAUAUAUGUUUUUUUCUAGUAAUCCCAUAGUGAUACAGUUUUCAAGCAACUUUAACAACAAAUAUGACUACUCAUUUUGAAUAAUAUUCUUUGAAAAAAAUCCAUAGGUAGUCUAAAAAUACUGUGCACAGGACUUUCUUAAAAAUCAUUAAUGUCUUCUGAUUUAGUCUCAGGAAAUGACUAAGAAUAUACCACUUGCUAACACAAUAGUAAGCAAAAUUACAGUACAUCUCAGUAAAUUUGAAUAACAGUGCUUAUUUUUAUGGCAAUAAUUGCUGUCAUGGAUAUGUACUUUUUGGAAACUUAGGUGUUGUUUUUUCUUUUUUAGUUCUUCAUUGAGGAAGUACAUUACUGAGCAUAGCAUCUGCCAUCUGCUGUUAUUAUGAAUGUAUGAAUAAAUACCUAGAAAGUAGCACUUAACUGAGGAAUAAAUAAGUUAGAAAAGGUUAUUCAACAGGUGGGGAUAAAUAAUCAAUUUCAUAAAGAAUAGAGAAUACUAUUCAGCAAAACGCUUGAAUAAUCUCUUACAGGUUUCCUGCUUAACACAAGACUAACCAGAAGCAGAAAUUAGGGAAUUGGUUUAACUUCUAAAUUUGGAAAACUACGGAAACUGCUUAGUAUUUUGAAUCUCAAUUCUGUAGUCCUGUUGCUUCUUUCUGUUGAUACUAUUGCCACAUCACACUUUGUGUAUGCUUAACUUUUUAAAUAAUUUACUCCUUUUUCCUCCCUAAUCCCAUCCUUUCUACUGUUACAGUUGAUAAUACAUCAAGCUAUCUCACUUGAAAGGGCAUGUGACCAUUAUAUCUGUUAUUUGGUUUGUUUGUUUGUUUAAUUAUAAAAGCUUCCAUGUACAGUUAACUGAAGAUCAAAUUUACUGGAAGUUUACCAUGCAAAUUACUGCAUAGAGCCCUAUCAGCUACUACCUUCUUUUGCCUUUCAUUGGAAGUUUUUUAUUUGGGUUUGUGUUUUCUAGUAUUCAGGAUUCAAAAUACAUUGUGAAGACAUAGGAAUAAACCAUACGAAAAUAAAAAACGUUGUGCACUGACUGCCCUGGAUUAGCAUGUUGCAGACUCAGAGUGGGGUACGUGGGAUCCAGGAUAAAUGUAAAGACAGUCUCCAAGUGUGUACACAAUCAGUGACUGUAUGUUAACUGACAUCCUCUAAAUUCACGCCAUAGUUUAGCUCACAGUAACUAGUUUGUGUUCAUAUGCCCUAAAACCCCUCUUGCCAGCCAAUAAAAACAGUGGCAGUUCUUCAGAGACAUAAAUGCCAGCUGUGCUAUUUGCUGGCUUGCAGCAGUAUCGCAUGGAAGCUUGCAACAGGGAGAACCUGAAUGCUCUGCUAGCUGCAGUUGUGUUCCUCUAGCAUUUUAACAAAGCUGCGGAUGAGCUAUCAAUUUGAGACAUGCCUUGGGAAAAUCUUAUAACCAGCUCAGAAGAAAAAACAGGAUUUUGUAUUAAAAGGCUAAAAUAAAUAUCUCAGAUGUAAUGUUUUUCCUUUUAGUUUCUGGACAGGGUGUAUUUCUGCAUGUUAUACAUGCUUUUUCUUUUUUAUUUCAUUAAUGUGAAAUUGAUUUUGCAAUGUAAACGUGGAUAUUAUUUACCCUUAGAAUCUGUACUUUUUUUUUUUUUUAAGACUUGAGUACAUCAUUUGUAGCAUUUGGAAGAGAGUACUCUAAAACGCUUCUGUUAACGCUGCACUAGGUAGAAGAUGUGCCAUGAUCAAUGUUGUCACUCCUCAUUACUUCUUGACCAGUCUGGAGGCUGUAUUCAAAUAUCUGCAGCAUCAUUCUUUCAGUUUGGCAGUACACUCUUUGGAAAGCCAAGGCUUUUCAGCCUGCUUUAUUUGUGUAUCUUCCAAACAACAUAUCUAGCUUUAGCACCAAAGUGAUUGUAUCUAUCUGACAGGCUAAAUUCAGAAUUAUUAAUUGGAGAAAUAAAACCUAAGUUUUGUAACUGUAAAAUUACUCAGGUUUUGCAUGAUGACAGUGGAGAUCAAUAAUAAAUGUUUGCACUGAAACCUAGUCUCAAGCAGAGGACAGAAGGAAGGAAAGUUUAUUUUCUUUCUACUUAUUUUUUCAGAACAUACUUAACACCAAUCAUCAUCUAGGUGACAGUUAAGUCACAAGAAGUUUGUUGAGAGAUACAAGACUUAGCAGAGCAUCCGAUUCUACAUUCACAUUCAUAGGAGUAGGUGUUGGGUAUGCGUUUCAAAGACUAAAGCCAAAGCUGGAACUUAGAAGUGUUCUAAAAGAAAAGAAUUGUGUAUUAUAAUACCGUGUCAAAUACCUUGAACAGUUUGCUGACUAAUAAAAUAGCCUGGAUUUUUUUUUUUUGUAAAAGGUCUUAUUUAUUUGAUACAAAAAAUUACAGUUAACUCCUAAAAUGGUGUUGGUAUAUUUUCAUAUAUCAAAAAGGAAUUAUAAAAGUUAAUGAAGGUUUUUUAUAUUUAUUUUCUAAAAUGAUUAUUAUAAAAAAAACUCUGCAAUGUGCAAAAAAAAAAAAGGUA